CCCUGAGGGCUGGAUUUGGCACACCGGGGGGGCUCCAUGGAUGUGUCAGCCCUCAUCCCAACUCCUCUCUCUUUCUCCUCCAGCGAAGGCGUCUUCAAGUGCCCUGAGGAUCAGCUGCCUCUGGACUACGCCAAGAUCUACCCCGACCCCGAGCUGGAAGCCCAAGUGCUGAGCUUGGCCAUCCGCUGCAUCCACAGCGAGGAGGGCUGUCGCUGGAGCGGGCUUAUCCGACACCUGCAGGCCCACCUGGGCACCUGCGGCUUCAACGUCAUCCCCUGCCCCAACCGCUGCAGCACCAAGCUGAGCCGCCGCGAUCUGCCCCAGCACCUGCAGCACGGCUGCCCCAAACGCCGCGUCCAGUGCGAGUUCUGUGCCGGGGACUUCACCGGGGAGGCCUUCGAGGGCCACCAGGGGACAUGUCCCCAGGAAAGCGUGUACUGUGAGAACAAGUGUGGGGCACGCAUGAUGCGACGCCUGCUGUCCCAGCACACCUUGGCCGAGUGCCCCAAGCGCACCCAGCCCUGCACCUACUGUGCCAAGGAGUUUGUCUUUGACACCAUCCAGAACCACCAGUACCAGUGUCCCCGGUACCCUGUGCCCUGCCCCAACCAGUGUGGGACGCCCAACAUCGCCCGGGAGGAUGUGCCCACUCAUUUGAAGGAGAGCUGCAGCACUGCCAUGCUGCUGUGUCCCUUCAAGGAGGCAGGCUGCAAGCACAGGUGCCCUAAGCUGGCUAUGGGUCGGCACCUGGAGGAGAGCACCAAGGCACACCUGGGCAUGGUGUGUGCCCUGGUGAGCCGGCAGCGACAGGAGAUCCUGGAGCUGCGGCGUGACGUGGAGGAGCUGUCGGUGAGCAGCGAUGGGACCCUCAUCUGGAAGAUCUCUGACUACGCCCGCAAGCUGCAGGAGGCCAAAACCCGCAGCAACUACGAGUUCUUCAGCCCUCCUUUCUACACCCAUAAAUACGGCUACAAGCUGCAGGUCUCAGCGUUCCUCAAUGGCAACGGGAGCGGGGAGAACAGCCACCUGUCUGUGUACAUCCGCGUGCUGCCGGGUGAAUACGACAACCUCUUAGAGUGGCCCUUCUCCUACCGUGUCACCUUCUCGCUACUGGACCAGAGCGACCCAUCGCUCUCCAAACCCCAACACAUCACCGAGACCUUCCACCCCGACCCCAACUGGAAGAAUUUCCAGAAGCCGGGGGCGUCGCGGGUGUCCCUGGAUGAGAGCACCUUGGGUUUUGGUUACCCCAAGUUCAUCUCCCACGAGGACAUCAAGAAGCGUAACUACGUGCGGGACAACGCCAUCUUCAUCAAGGCCUCGGUGGAGAUCCCCCAAAAGAUCCUUUCCUGAGCCCCCCGAUAACGGGGGACAACGCGGUGCUGUCCGUGGUGCUGAACCCCGGGGCUGGGGGCUCUCGGGGGCAGCGGUGGUGUCCCUGGGGGUGGGAGCCCGCUGCCCCUUCUCAGGUGCCCCGGGGGGGUACAGGGGGCUGUGCCCCCCAUUUCCUCGCUCCCCACCACCAGCCUUGUUGGGGACCUGGGGGUCCCCGCUGCCCAGAGCCAUAUUUUGUAAGCUGGUGCCCCCCCCCGGCACACAUUGGUUAUUUAUUACCCCAGUGUUCCUUCCCUGACUUUAUUGUUUUUCAAUAAACUCUUCUUGUAUUUAUUAGGA